GAUGUUAGGAUACAUGCGGGCCUGUGACGUCUGCGUCCUUCCUCGGGAUGGCUCUGACCCAGAUUGUGGAGUCGCGGCACUGCUCCUCGGGUGGUCUGCCGAUGUGAGGCGGACGAGGGAUGCUCUGCACCUCUGCGGACGCCGCUCAGCCCGCUGCCUCUGCUGACAUCCGUCUCCGUGGAUACGCACAGCAACUGAAAGGCUACGCCACCAAGACUGAUCUGUGAUAAUAAUCCCCGGCUGGAGAACAAACAACAUCUGGGUGUGGAGAGAAGGGAGAGGGUGAAGUCUCAGCUGGGUGGGCGGCAGAUGGUGACACUGCAGCAGCACUUCUCCAGCAUGGAGGAGACGGUGCGAACACUACUUCAGAGCCAGGACUCACUGGAAGGGCCCAAGGUGGACCCACUGGACCUAAUGAAAGCAUACAAGGACAAGCUCCUGGAGGAAAUGUGGAAGCAGCAGGACAGUCUGGAGGGUCCCACAUCCGCCAUACCAGCAGCAGAGAUGCCUACCUCGCCCGAGGCCGGCGGUGGAUCAGAGGACAUUUUGAAGGACAACAAUCCCCUGCUGGAGCGACUCAGAGCGCUGGAGGCGGAGAACUCGGCUCUGUCCAUGGAAAACGACAACCAGAGGAAGCAGUACGAACGCUGUUUGGACGAGGUGGCUAACCAGGUGGUCCAGGCCCUCCUCACGCAAAAGGACCUGAAAGAGGAGUGUGUGAAGCUGCGGACCCGUGUGUUUGACUUGGAGCAACAAAACCGCAUACUGAGCGUGCUGUUUCAACAACGUGUCAAAAUGUCCACGACUCCUGUCUCCCAGGAGGUCCAAAGAAAUGGAAAAGCAGGAAUUCCUGCAGGAAGGUGGCCCAGUCUGCUGAGCCUAACAUGCCCACGCAGUAGCGGCAGCGGCAGUGGCAGUGAGCUUUCACUCUCCAGUGCUUGCAGCGAAUACUCCAGUGGCUCCCACACUUGGGCAGAGGGACGUGGCUUCUCCAAGCAGUGUGCCACAAGCCGGGACAAAAGGAUGAGUACUGGCUCAGUAUCCAGCAAUCACUCAGCUGCCCUGGAGCACACAGAACUGGGAUGGAAGGAAGGUCACAUUUUGAAAGGUCUGAAGCGUCUUCAAAUGUCCAACUCCAAGGGAACAUCCUCACUUCCAUCUGUACCUCACUGCAAAGAUUGUAUGACCUCAAACGAGGGCAUAUAUUCACUUGGUGUCAAAUUUGGCCAACAAGGGAUUGCAGUCAAGCAAGUAGCCCCUACAAGUAAACCUUUCAAGGCAGAAACAAGGAUUUCCAUCCUAGAUUCGGAUGAUGCAGAUGACGAAUCACCUAAAAUACCAAACAGUGAAUCCAGUGACCAACCAGCAAAAAAACUUCUAAGCUUAGAUAAACUGGAGGUCACUCAGGAUUUUCAAGUAGACCCCGUGAAACUUUCAGAGAAUUCUGGUCUGUUUCCCUCACCUGUCACAGACAACUUCUUAUUCCUGGAGGCCCCCACAGUUAAACCUGGUGUGAGCCCAACUGAUAGCCUUGCACAUCUGGAGGAAAUGAGCACAAACUCACCAGAAAAACACAAAGGCAUAAAGCUGAGUGACAGAAACAAUAACCAGGAAAGGUCCACUGAUCGUAAGUCCAGGCUCGAUUAUGUCAAACGACAACAGGACCGAGUUUCCACCAAACAAGUGGAAGCAGGAACAGGUGAUGUUGGCACAUCAGUUCAGCAUACUGUACCAAGGGCCUUGAGCUGUGUGAAUGAAGCCAGGCAGCGCAGCUCCUCGAUGGAAGUUCCUCAUCGCAGAGAUCAGGCAAGUCAAGCUGGCAGUGACCGCCAGGACUAUGCCAUCUCAGAAUCCCCUCAGAGGAAACCCAAACCUCAGCUCUGUGACUCAGCAAGGAAGGCUUUCAUUCUGCGGAGCAAGAGUGCAGAUGGAGGACCAGAACAACCAAAGCACACACAUUCUCCUCUACAUCAAAAACUUAUUAAGGGUCAAAGGCCCAAAGGACAGUCAAACCCAAAUCCUACAGGGAGCAGUGCUCCUAGCAAAAGGACGAAUCCAAAUAAAACCCAUGGUUCAACCAAAAACACAUUAUCUAAAUCUGAGAAAGAUGAAGAUACUUCAGUAUCAUCAAGUUCCAAGUCUCUUGAGAAGAUGCAACAGUGCUCACCUCUUGUUUCUCCUGUGAAACAUUCAAAGAUAUUCAAGUCCACAGGGGUCAGUGAAGGCUCAAAGAGUCCGACAAAAUCACAAAUCACUAAACUUCAGUCAACCAGUGACUCUACAGAAGACGGCAUCUAUGACAACUUACCAUGCUCUCCACGAAAACAGCGACGGCAGGAUCAUCAUUGUGAUUCAGAACACAGAUCCCCAUCCCCGCCACUACCCCCGGGUCGAACUACUUCUCUUUUCCUUAGACCCAGUAGUGACAGCUUUCCUAAGGAUCAAACAUUUGCAAGCCAGGCUCAAAGCUUGAAGACUGGACCAACUAAGAUGCAGCCACCUCAGGUUUCUUCAGUUGUACAACCUCAGCAAUCCAGCACAAUAAAAGACAGUCAACAUGCAGCUCCACAAAUGGGUGCUGAAGGUAAAAUGUACCACACUCACUCAUCUAUGAUACCUCCUGUUGUAAUUCAAGAAUCACAAGCUUCAGAAUCAGUCCGGUUAUCUUCAGACAGAGCUGCCAUGAGCUAUAUUGAAAAUGGUGCUCCCUCCAUGUUGCCAAAUCAAAGCAUCCUGCAAAGAUCCCAACAGAGUAUCAGUGAGCCAAAACUUUCAGAAGUCUUACCUCCAAUAUAUUCUAAUGCAUACUACCAACCCCAGACUUCCUCCUCAAGAGCUGUAAAAAGGACUCUUCCUGUAAAUGCUAAAUCUCAUGAGGCAAUUGCUGGACAAGAAACAAAUACUUUCCUCAUUUUUGGAAGGCAAAACAAGGAUGAUAUGGACCCUUCUGCAAGAAGUGUCCAGACCUUUCAGACUUUUACAUGUGAGCCGCAGAUGAUACAUGAAUGUGGCACUCAUGAUAACGCCCGCCGAAGGAUCGAGACCCGCUGCAACUCUCUGGAUUCUGAGCCUUCGGUCCAACCUGUCCCUUCAGACAGCAGCAUGAUGCUAGACUGGGGAUUUGACGAGGAAGGCUGGCUGUUUAAACGGUCUGUUUCUGUUUCUACCAGACCUCCUCUUAAACCAGUACUGGGCAUGAAUGGGGCCAAAGCUCGUAGUCAGAGCUUUGGUGCACGCUAUAUGGACAGACCAAGCUUCAACAGAUCUGGAAAGGUCCGUACACAGAUCAAAACACACUCAGGGAGCUCCUUGAACUCUCUUGGUGAUGUCCUUCCAGGAAGUAUGAGUUGCUCCAGUAGUUACCAUUGUCCAAUGAAUCGAUCCCUCUUGAACAACUUCUUGAUUGAAGAGGGACUAGCGGUUCCUUUACAUCUGGGGUCCUCCAGUGAAAGACUUCAAAGUCUCAAACUCCAGCGUGAGCAGGCGAGACGGCUUCAGAUCGAGCAACAGUUUUCGAGCGCCUUUGGGGAGCCAGUUUCUGAAGAGCCAGAGAGACAGAGCACCAUAACCACGAUUGAGGAGAAAGUGAUGCUCGGCAUAGAGGAGAACUUGCACAAGUCUCAGGAACAGGAGAGAACCAGUGAGGUGAAGCAAAAAUCUGGAUCAAGCUUAGCAAGUUGGUUCGGCUUUCGGAAGAGUAAGCUUCCUGCUCCCAGCAAAAAGAUCGAUCCACCAAAAGGAAAAGACGACAAGAGGGAGCAAAAGAUCACAUCGCUUCUGGGCGGAAAGCAGAUGAAAUCCGACAAGAAGAGAGACAGAAGAAAAAGUGAUGGAAAAGACUGCUCUGUGGGGAGAAGAGAGUCUCACGAUGCAGUGCGGGCAUGCAUCUCAAUGCCCUGCCCGGGAAUGUCCCUGAGUGAGAUACAAGGACACACUGACAUCAUCGGGGACCCGAAGAUGAUGAACCGAAGAUCUGACAGUGAAAAUGGAUCCACGGUGAAGAGCCCGAGCCAGGACGCAGUAAUAGGUGGAUUGGAACCAAAGAAGUUGACCUAUAUCAAAUCAAAAACACGAGCCACUCCGAGCCAACAGAAAGAACAGACGAGACUUCAGCUGGCCAACUAGUUUCUGAAGCUCGAUGAGUCAACCUGAAGCGAGAAAUCAAGUGAUCGGUUGGAGUUAUCGCUGAGCCACACAUGGAGGAUCUCCAAAUCCCACAGUCUGGACUCUGUGUCCAGAUGAAACGCUCAGAAUGGGGACAAAAAGCGAGCUUGGCAUUGUUAGGCUUCCACCUCGGCUCAGUGUAGCGUUAAGAUACCGAGAAGCCUUUCAGGUGUAGCAACAAACUGUCUGGCAGCCAUUUUGGAGGUCUGCAUCUGGUUUGGCAUCAGCUGUGAGCAGCUGAUGUUAUUUAUCUACAGCAGACUUAUCUCCACAGAUAAACACAGAAACGGUUAAUUUCACUUUUUUUUUCCUUUUCUUGUUGAAUCAACAGUUUUAUAAAACAUACAUUUAACAUGUUUCAAUUCUAGAAAGCUAAUGUAGCAUCAAUGAGCUACCUGAAAUCUCAGAAUAUCUUAGUUGUGGAUGUGAUCAUGGACUAUAUAUACACAAUGGACAUAGAUACCGUGACAUCACCCAUUGGGUACCAGAAUCCCGUCUGCUCAAGCUGAGCAUUUUCACUGUCACCAUCUUAAGAUUUUCAAAUCUGAAAAAUUUUCUUUCUAGCACAACUUUAUCCUCCUUUAUUACUCUAAUGGCAACCACAAAUUAAAAAAUAAAUGUCACGUUGUAUUGAAUGAGACUUCAAACUAAUGAUGGAGCCCAUAAACUCAUCAGGAAAGUGUUUACUGGGGUCAUAAAUCAAAGGAGCCAAGGACGGUUUUUCCCUUCGACUUAAAUACUCCUGCAAGUCUGAGGAGUUGCCCCCUGCUGGCUGUAAAAAGAAUGCAGGUUUAAUGUCCUUCCACAUUGGCUUCGCUUUUCCAACCUGGAUAUUAUAUCCAUAUUUUAAGUCUAGCUAAAUCACACUGGAGCUGGACAAAACCGUUACCGUUAUUUAAGACCGCACACAGAAUUCAUUCACAACAGGGAUGUACCAUCUUUGACCAUUUUUGAAAUCUAAUGACAAUGAUUGGUCUAAUCCAUCAUUUCCUCCUAUGCAUUUCCAGUUUCUACUUCUUCUGUUGCCAUUUUUCAAAUUGACUGGAAGAAAACUCAAAGAGAGAAACCCUGCAAUAAGCUAGUGUUUUGACAGUGAAAUUGCAGAGCAAUGCAUGCACACCAUGCAUACAUAUAAAUGCUGGCUGUUGCGUAGACUACGCCGUACGCCCUACAUGUAUUCAGAGCACAGGUGUAACUCAUGCAUAAGCUAGUAGCACUGGCAGUGAAAACAAACAAAUGUGUCCACUCUGUUGAACUCUGUUUUUCUCCACAUUUUUGGACGCCAUAGCUCGGUGAGCCAUGCUAACCACCGCUAUUGAUGCUCAGCAAAACUAAGAGGACAAGGCACCAGGUGAGACAUGUAGGCUGUGACACAUAAGCAGUUGACCUGCCGACCUCCACAAUGGCACUGGCUGUCUCUCCUGGAGUUUAGAGGUCAUGUAGCCACAUUUAUUUGUAUUUUCCAGCCUUGUAUGAACAUUUUAUUAAAGGUUUAAGACCUAACUGAUUCAGAUGCAUUGAUGAUCUAAGUUAGGGUACAUUCUAAUAUAUUUUCCGAUGGGCCUGCAUAAACUCGAAAUUACAGACUGUGUUAUCCUAUGUACAGCACUUACUACUGAUUGCCAUUCAUGAGCUAUUUACCUGACUGAGUAAUGUGAUUCUCUAAAGUGUGCACUAACUACUUUUUUAUUGUCACUGUGCUAAUACCCACUUGCAUGCACUCACCCUCUAAUUUAGUGUAAACCCAGUGAUGUUUCUUAUGAACAGUUUUAUUGCAAGAGGUUUAAAAAAAGCUCUUAAAUAUUAUUUCACAUACGCCACUGCUUUGUAGGUAAACACUGCACGUUUCAUUUUGAAUUUAAACUCCCCAUAUGUGAGCUGCUUUUUGUAUGUUUCCACAGUUAUGACAUCAGGACAAAGCAGUGAGUUUUGCAUGUAAUCGUAGUGGUAAUGCACCUUGUCGUCAACAUGCUAGCUCAGGGAAAUUUAUUGUCUCUGAUAGAAGCUGUGGAUUAAACUUUAAUAUGUACACCUGUUUCAUUAAAGCACAUGAAUAGAUUCCACAGGGAGGAUUCACAUGUACACACUUCCUUCACUUAGAACGCUCACGUAUUUGUUGCUGUGCAUCCCGUAUUUCACUUUCCUCGUGUUUAAAUUCAACUAAAGAACUUGUAAUAUAACUGUUCAGCUCUCUGGACUUCCUGUUUUAUAGGAGGUGCUUACAAGGUAUUCCAGAAUGAAUGAGGCUUUAUGGCACUGUAGAACAAAUACAUACAUUUUGGGGGGGGGAAACAUUUUUCUUCUGAAAAUUUUCAUCAUGUUUUUGAUUGCAGGGGCUUCAAUUACAAUUUUAAAGAUCAAACCUGUGAGUAGGUUUGUAUCUGCUAUUCUGAUUAGAGGCGUGAAGUGAACCAUAGCAGACAAAAUGAGCUGCUUCUUGAAAUAUCUGUUAAGGUUUAACUACAAUGUCUAUAACUGACGUCCAGUUAUUGUAUGAAAAUGAGUUUGUCCUGUUGUAAAUCCUUAACUGACCAGAAAGGGUAAGGUGCAACAAAACAGGGGAGACAGAUUUUCUAAUUUUUAGAUUUUUUACAAAUUUGUGAAAUUUUAAUGAUAAACAGUACAUUCAUGUUUAACUUCAGGGACUACUUCUCCCUUAUUUAUUGGCUGAAUGUUUUGAAACUAAUACUGCAGAUGAAUUUCUGAUUUUAGACUUUUUUUUUCUAUUUUACAAAUUUUUGAAAUUUAUAAACAAUAGAAAAGUAUCAGCCCGAAGAUGAAGCGAGGGGUGGGGAGUCCCAUUGAUGUCUGUAGCAGCGUCCCAUGGGACCCAUAGGGAAAAAUGGUACAUACAAAUUCACAGAAAUUGCCAGAAAAAGUCACUAGAUUUGACACUAGUCACUCUUUGAAAAAAAAAUGUCACUAGGAGAGUCUGCAAAGUUGCUAAAUCUAGCUGAUUUAAAUUGAAAUAUUAUUGCAGUUGCUAAUGUCGGAUUAUCCUGUGCUAAAGGAAUUCCAAUAGGCCGCUGCUGAUUGGUUCAGGCAGAAAACAUUGUACAGACGUGUGGUUUCACAGUGUUUUUUAACUUUAUAAACAGUCAGCUACUAAUUAAACUUUUGUUAGCUUGGGUUGUGAUUAUGUUGUCGUAUUGUGCACUUGAUUCUUGAAACCCUACCCUUGAGCGUGCAUCUUCGGUUGUUCUUACCAUAACCAUUGAAACGCAACCACAUGGCAAACUAAAUGAACCACUUACUUAAAAGAUUGAACAAACUCUAGCCCAGUGGUAUUGAUGAGAGAGUAGUUAGCAACUAGCUUGUUACCUCAUGUUUUUUUUUAAUAAAGUGACUCAGUCGUCUAGCAGUGCUGAAAGGGUUGCACUUCUCCAAGAUCUUCAAGGCAAGCAGAAAGACAUUUACAUUUUUAGGCUACAGCACCACAAAGCCCCAUUUACUCUGGACUAACUCGAGAGUGCCCCCCUGUGAAGGUCCACAGAGUGGGAGUUCUCAAUUACAUGUCAAGUAAAGCUAACAGUUCCCCCACUGAGUUUGGGAAGACGCGACAUUAAAGCGUGCGACAGCCUGAAUCACGUACAUGUGAAUCCUCUCUUUCCUGAACUAGACAUUUCCCUCUUGCCACUUCUUUUCUACACAUUUAGCUGUCAGAUAUCUGAAGUACACUGUGUCCUUUGUUCUGCUGGUUUUGGUGUUACAAAUGCAUCCCAACAUAUUUGACGGUUUUAACCGCUCUGCGAUGUCCCCCUCGCCUUCAUCGAUGCUUAUUAUGUGUAGAUAUUUGCUGAAAUGCGUCUUUUCACAGCAUCGCUAAUGAGCUAACGGCAUAUACAGAAAAUGAAUGCAACUAAAUUUACAUAUCAGACUUGUCAAAGUGAUGAUAGCCAUAUUCUUUUCACGUGAUGUAGAGCUACGGAGCACCGCACAUUAUCACUAGUAUUCACUGUAUUUACCUCUUCUUUGUUGAUGGUAAUAUUUCUAACCUUGCAGCAGUAGCAGAACAUUUAUAUGUGUAAUAAAUAUGUAGCGUGCGCAGGUGAGACGAGGAUCAGGGAACAGAUUGGCUGCACUGAUACGGGUAGAUGAAGCAUGGCGUCUGUGUUUUUAAAACCGCUCGCAUCACGAAGAGCGUCACUCUCACAGGAGGGUUGUAUUUUUCUAACAUUUACUCCGAUGUCCUGUAUUUGUACCCCGCACUGAUGAGUGUAUUUUACCAUUUAUUAGCACUUGUUGUCACUUUCACAGUUAUCCUCCUCCUAAAUGUCUUUAUAUUGCCAGAUUCCAAAUAAUAACAGUGAUGUUCUUGUGUCAACUUAUCAGUACAAACUGACCGUUGUUUAUUACCGAUAUUCUUUGUUUAUUGUCAGAGAAAAAAUAAACUAUUUCAACAACAA